AUUAUGGAAUCUGUGAUAGUAUAGAAUCAUAUCUCCAUUGUUUAUAUCCAGGCGCUGAUAUUGCCUGCUGUGAUCAGUACAGAUGUAAUGCGGAUAUGUACGUCUUCUUUUAUGCACUGGAGCUCUGGCAUCUUAUGGUUGCGUUAAGCGCGGUAAUUAUCACACAAUCUAAAUGCGUUAAUGUCUACUAUAGCAACAACAACGUCCAUACGGGGGCGCUGUUAUAUAAUGAUGGUUUCCUAAGGCGCCAUGAUACACUACCAAGUGUAGGAUUUAUCGCAAACGGGCGCACCGCUAACAGUUUUGCUCCUGAUCACCACCACGGAAUCGACAUUGAAACUUCUAUAAACCCUGGUGGAUACCAGGAUCAAUAUAAACAGUCCUCAGGGAAGCGCGGAUUCAGGGUAUUACUUAGCAUUCGAAAGUUGCGAAAGAUCAAACGUCGUAAAAUUAAUCGCAUGAAUAAAGAUAUCGAGCUUUACCGAAGGGUUAAAGAGAGGCGUUUAAAAAACCCUAAUCGCUUGAUUGAUAUCCGCAAGGUCAACUUUAUCAAUGAUAAGUGCAACCCUCAGCUUAUGAGACUACCAGUCUCGCCAUUGGUUGACCUGAAUGGCAUUGUCCCUUAUAAAACAGUACCGGAAAUGACUUCUCAAGUACCGUUUAACCCGGCACCUGUUUUACUAUCACUCGGAUACAAGUUCAAACCGCGUGGCAAGAGCAAGUAUGAGCGUUUUUGUGAACCGUAUCCCAUGGACGAAGUGCUACAGGUGAUGGACGCACGUAGCCUUGGUGCCAUAAGUCGCAUGUCAGGUAAAUAUAAAAUCACUGGUGAUGGUACUAGGAUGCCUACACCUAUGGACAGUCAGCCUGUACCUCCUGGUGCUAGUGUAGGUAAGGGCUAUGGAUUCGGACUCGCCAAGAAACCUGAACCCAAACGCAAGCCUAUGCCAUUAUCUAUUUUCGACCCCUACAAACCAGAGGAGAGCCACCUAGUUGAUACCUUGGAUGAAGUAAAUCAGCUUCGAAGGGAGGCGUUAGACUACGUCGAACGCCUAGUGAAGCCGUUGAUGCCGAAGUCCAAAAACGCCAGUAAAGGGAAGAUGGGCUCAGAUAACAAGUCUGGUACCCCUAAACAUGAUGAGAUCCCUACGGACGGUAUUAAAGUACCGUAUUUGGAUGACGCUUGUAACGAGGGUGAUAUCAUGCGAAACCCUCGUUAUUUGGGUGAGUACCGCAACAAAUACUGGAUACAUCCAUUCUAUGGCAAUGCCACAAUGCCAGGUGAAGAGAGGCGUUUAGUAGAGGAACACAACCGUGCUCAUCCCGACAAGCCCCUGGUAUACGAGGAAUAUAAAGUCGACAUCAUAUACUGUCACUCCAACGGUACUAUAGUAUACCUUGGGGAGAACCAGGAGCCAUAUACCAACGAGGCUGACGAUUUUGUUCUAGAGGGCGAGGACCCUAGGGAACCACGUUUUGUCAUACAGGCUUCCGCAGGUUUUAUAAAGGAAGAGGGUCUCCAGAUAGGACAGAUCCUACCACUGGUUGACAGUGACAUGCGCAGGCGCUACUACGACAACAUUUUCUUCAUGCCCAAGAGUUUGCGCAAACUCUACCCUGUUCAUCUACCUGAUGGGCGCCCGAUAGAAUGAACCUCUAAUGUUGUAAAUAUCAGCGA